AUGAAAAUCUUCUCGACGCUUGGUAAUCCCGGUACUCUGGCAGCCACCAAGCCUAAGAAGGGUGAGGUGGUCUUGGCGUCGCCCGAGGCGACUGUGAGCAAGUACAAGGAGGCUAUUAAGCAGCACAAGAAGGCGCUGAAGGAGCUGCACGCGUGCACCGAGCGCUUCACGCACGCCUUGGCCGCCGUCGCCGCCUCCCUGCAGCUCUUGACCUCCGAUACACAUAUUCCCGUCAUGGUCCAGUCCAGCGGCGCCCUCGCGAGUGGCAUCGAGGAAGUGCAGGAUGGUGUCCUUCUCCAGGACUUGAUGGAGGAGCUGGACUACUCGCUCUCCACCCGCUUCAAGCAGAUAGCAGAGGACCAGCGUGAGUUGAAAGAAAGUCGCGAGCGCAAGUCGAAAGCGGAGAGGACGCUAAUGCUCUUGAGGAGUCAGUGCGACAAGCUCCAGCUCAAGAAGGACGUGGAUGCCAAGGUGCAGGCGCUCUAUCUGGCCAAGACGCAGAAGCGGGACGAACACGAGGUCGAGUGCACACGGCUGAAGGCCGAGUUCGAGGACACUUUUCAGGACUUCACGAAGCGCUUCGGCAUCCUUGUAUACGAGGAUAUGAAGGGGCUCACGGUGCACCUCCACCGGGUACUCUCCGCGCUGUCUUACCAAGUUCGCAAGUGCAAGGACAAUAUCAUGGCCCACCCCAUCACCCCCAAGCCGAUCGCGGAGAUGUCUUGA